CCUCCUCUCCAAACACAUCUCCCAAAUCUUGGACUCACGAUCUCUUCCUAUUAAGUUCCCCCAGCACUUUCCUUUUACGGGCCACUGGCAUGCAUGACGUAAUUUGGGAAGAGCUCUCACUUGCAGUGGAUGUAGGUGUGUGUGUGUGUCUCUCUGAGUGUAUGAUUUGUGUGUGCAUGCGUGUGCGUGCAGGGAAAGCGUCAGUGCGCACCAACAUCAACCCGCUUGGCAGCUGCAUCCCUUCGCUGUGAUUGGAUGAAGGGCGGUGAUUCCUUCUGUCACGAUUUGGGUCGCUCCCACCGGAGGACACCGAGGGUCUGAGUCCAGCCUUUACCGAGGUGCUCACCAAAGGAAACGGUGCACACCGGGGGAACAGACGUAUGAGGAUUUCCUCUCAGGGGCUGGGCUGACAACUCGGGAUUCGUCCUCCUGUCGGUGGCGGUGAGGAGAGGAGAGGAGAGGAGAGAGGGGAUCUUCGGUGCUGGAACUACCAGCUGCCUUUAUUCUGCCGAGUCUGCGGUAAAAGUCGUUCACGAUGCCGGUGUUUCACACCAAGACCAUCGAGAGUAUCCUGGAGCCGGUGGCCCAGCAGAUCUCUCACCUGGUCAUCAUGCACGAGGAGGGGGAGGUGGACGGUAAAGCCAUCCCAGAUCUGACGGUGCCAGUGGCCGCGGUGCAGGCGGCAGUCAGCAACCUUGUACGGGUGGGGAAAGAAACGGUUCAAACCACAGAGGACCAGGUGAUGAAAAGAGAUAUGCCUCCAGCGUUCAUUAAGGUGGAGAACUCAUGCUCUAAGCUCGUCCAGGCGGCUCAGAUGCUGAAGGCAGACCCAUACUCUGUUCCUGCACGAGAUUACCUGAUUGAUGGAUCCAGAGGGAUACUGUCUGGAACAUCUGACCUGCUCCUUACCUUUGAUGAGGCUGAGGUGCGUAAGAUAAUCCGAGUGUGUAAAGGUAUCCUAGAGUAUCUGACUGUAGCUGAAGUGGUGGAGACCAUGGAGGACCUAAUCACUUACACCAAGAACUUGGGACCAGGGAUGACUAAAAUGUCAAAGAUGAUUGAGGAGAGGCAGCAGGAGCUGACACAUCAAGAACACAGGCAGAUGUUAGUCAGCUCCAUGAACACCAUCAAAGAGCUGCUGCCUGUUCUUAUAUCAGCUAUAAAGAUUUUUGUCGCAACCAAGAGCAGUCACGGUGCCGGCGUUGAGGAGGCAGAGAGGAACAGAAGGUUUACCUUUGAAAAGAUGAGCGCUGAAAUCAAUGAGAUCAUAAGAGUCCUGCAGCUCACCACAUGGGACGAAGAUGCCUGGGCCAAUAAGAAGGAUAUGGAGGCUUUGAAGAGAUCCCUGGCUUUAAUUGAGUCAAAGAUGGGGCAGGCUAAAAACUGGCUCAAAGACCCUUAUGGACAACCAGGAGACCCUGGUGAAGUUGCCUUACGUGUGAUACUGGAUGAAGCUGGUAAGGUGGGAGAGCUGUGCGCUGGGAAGGAGAGGAGAGAUAUACUGGCCACCGCUAAGGCUCUGGGACAAAUGACAGACCAGGUCACAGACCUUCGAGCCAGAGGCCAGGGACCGACCCCAGGGUGUGUGCAGCAUGCAGGCAAGUGUUCGCAGGGCUUAGAGUUAUUAUUUGGCAAAGUGGAUGCUGCUGCCCGCAGACUGGAGGCCCUCAUCAAUGCCAAGCAGGCUAUUGCCAGGAGGCUGGACUCUGCACAGGCCUGGCUGGCCGAUCCUAACGGUGGUCCCGAGGGGGAAGACAACAUCAGAGUGCUACUAGCAGAGGCCAAACGCAUCGCUGAUCUGUGCGAAGACCCCAAAGAGAGGGAUGAUAUACUGCGCUCCAUCAGUGAGAUUGCAGGACUCACCGGCAGACUGGCGGAGCUACGCAGACAAGGUAAAGGUGACAGCCCAGAGGCACGUGCAUUGGCAAAGCAGAUUGGAGUGGCCCUCUUGACGCUGCAGUCCAAAACCAACCGGGCUGUGGCCAGCAUGAGACCAGCUAAGCCUGCCGUCACCUUGGAGGGCAAACUGGAGCAGGCCCUCCGCUGGGUGAACAACCCCGGAGUGGACGACAGAGGAAUAGAGUAUGAGGUGCUACAGUGGAACACAGGUCAGGCAGCAAUCAGAGGAAUGGUUGGGGAAGGGAGGAGGUUGGCAGGAGGCAUGUUAGGCCCAUAUCGACAGGAUAUGAUCGGACGCUGCGACCGAACAGAGGCUCUAAUGACAUCUUUGGCAGACAUGGCCGGCAGAGGCGAGGCUGAGGCUCCUCAUGCACGAGCUACAGCUGCACAACUGCAGGAUAGCCUCAAGGACCUGAGGCAGCACAUGCAGGAGGUGAUGACCCAGGAAGUAUCUGAUGUUUUCAGUGACACCACCACCCCUGUUAAACUGCUGGCUGUAGCUGCAACCUCUCCUCCUGAUGCCCCCAACAGGGAGGAGGUUUUUGAAGAGCGCGCAGGGAACUUUGAGGCCCAUGCAGGUCGACUAGGGGCGACCGCAGAGAAAGCUGCUGCUGUGGGAACAGCCAAUAAGAGCACAGUAGAGGGGAUUCAUGCUGCUGUGAAACAUGCCAGGGAGCUCACACCACAGGUGACUUCUGCUGCUCGGAUCCUGUUGAAGAAUCCUGGAAACAAAGCGGCAUAUGAGCACUUUGACACUAUGAAGAACCAGUGGAUUGACAAUGUGGAGAGACUGACUGGUCUGGUGGACGAAGCCAUCGACACCAAAUCUCUGUUAGAUGCUUCUGAGGAGGCUAUAAAGAAAGACAUCGACAAGUGCCGAGUUGCCAUGGCAAAUGUUCAGCCCCAAAUGCUUGUUGCCGGGGCAACAAGCAUAGCAAGACGAGCUAAUCGGGUCUUGUUGGUGGCUAAGAAGGAAGUGGAGAACUCUGAAGAUCUGCGGUUCAGAGACACUGUGAAACAUGCGUCAGACAUCCUCUCACACACCAUCUCACCCAUGGUGAUGGAUGCCAAGGCAGUGGCCGGGAACAUACAAGAUAAAGUACUGCAGAAAGCCUAUUUGGACUCGUGUCUGAGGAUCCUGGCUGCAGUCGGCAAAGUUAGGGAAGCCUUCCAACCUCAGGAGCCUGACUUUCCUCCCCCACCUCCUGACCUGGACCAGCUCCAUGUUAGUGAUGAGCAGGCACCACCCAAGCCCCCCUUGCCACAGGGCGAGGUGCCCCCGCCUCGGCCCCCUCCUCCAGAGGAGAAGGAUGAGGAGUUCCCAGAGCAGAAGGCGGGAGAGGUUGUCAGUGAGCCCAUGAUGGUGGCGGCCAAGCAGCUGCACGAUGAGGCGCGCAAGUGGUCCAGCAAGCCUGAGGAUGAGGAGGCUGUAGAGGAGAGGGAGGUAGAUGAUGAAGAUGAGUUUACUGAUGGUGAGGAUGACUAUGAGCCAGAACUGCUGCUGAUGCCCUCCAACCAGCCUGUCAAUCAACCCAUUCUGGCAGCUGCCCAGUCUCUCCACCAGGAGGCGCGCAAGUGGUCCAGCAAGGGUAACGACAUCAUCGCAGCAGCCAAGCGGAUGGCUCUGCUAAUGGCAGAAAUGUCUCGGCUGGUGCGUGGUGGAAGCGGGAACAAACGGGCACUGAUUCAGUGUGCUAAGGACAUUGCCAAGGCCUCAGAUGAGGUAACGAGACUUGCUAAAGAAGUGGCCAAGCAGUGCACUGACAGACGCAUCAGAACUAAUCUGCUACAGGUGUGUGAAAGAAUUCCAACCAUCAGUACUCAGCUGAAGAUCCUCUCAACUGUCAAAGCCACAAUGCUGGGGCGAACAAACAUUAGCGAAGAGGAGUCAGAGCAGGCCACAGAGAUGUUGGUCCAUAAUGCUCAGAAUCUGAUGCAGUCAGUGAAGGAGACUGUCAGAGAAGCAGAAGCUGCCUCCAUCAAGAUUCGCACAGAUGCGGGAUUCACGCUUCGCUGGGUGCGCAAGACCCCCUGGUAUCAAUAACUAAACCAGGUCACUGAAACUAGCUAUGCUCUAAAUUGGUACUGAUAGAGCAAACACCUCAAGCAAAGGUAACAAUGUGCAAACUCCUCAUGAGUAAACGUGCACUUCUUCAAAGAGGAAACUGCAGGUGAUUCUGUCCCAUCCUCCACUGUAGUUUGGGUGUGCAUACCAGGACCAUUAGAUCUAGUACCAAGCAGGUUUCAUUUAUUGGAGUGGGUUCAGCUUCGCUCUCCAGUUCCCUUUGCCCGUAACUGUGGAAUCACGCAGGCUAAUCAGAGACGGUUUUUAUAUAUGUUUGGUAUGUUGUGUUACCAGAGUUUAUCCAAAUCCCAGGUAUAUAUUUUUUGCAUGAAAAUUUUUUCUAUUUUCCAAAUGCAGAAUUAUGAGAUUUUAUCCCCCAGAGGACUUUUACUUUUCAUUCAGUUUUUUGGUGCACUUCUUAUUGUCUACUGUACAUACAGUAAUUAUUUGUUUUAUGAACAACACUCAGCUAGUAGCUUUAUUCAGCGAGUUUGACAUUAAAGUGUGGAGUCUUGUGUGGGCUGAGCUCUGCCCCUCUUCAGGUUUACUUUUGGAAAUAAUGCUGUUCUUAACUGAAGAAUUCAGAGGUGAUUCAUCAUCACUGCUGCUCAGUGAUGUUUAUACAACUUGAAAAACUAAAAGGUGUCGACUCUUAGGAAAAUAUACCAUUUCAAAAACAACUGUAUGGUAGUCAGUCAAAAGGCAUUUAUUUUUUGUUGAUUGCAGGAAGGAUCUUUUAAGUGUUCACUUGAGAGUGGUAGUAUGAGUGACAGAAAAGCAAAGGUCAAGGUUAGUUGAGGUUUGUAAUGUGAGUUUAGAGUUCAUUUACAUUUUAUUUAACAAUGCCAAAGGAUUUAUUACUGUAAGCAGUUCUCUAAACACAACAGAGCCUUUUUUUAUUUUUUAGCAAAGAGAGUGUGAAUGUUUUCUCCUGCUUUGCAUAUUUUAAACUAAUUACUAAGUUCUAUUUUGUUCAGAUUUCAGUUUAAUAUUUUCAAAACCAGUGAUUUUACACAGCAAUUCAACAUCUUGUUUUUAGACUUUUCUCCAUGUGUGAGCCCAGUAGUCCCAAUAUGAUCUGAGUUUGAGUUUACACAUCAUUUCUAAACAACCCUGGUGGUUUGAGAACAAAAACCCUUUCUAUAUGAUAUUAGGCACUGAUGCCAAUCUAGAUUUUUUUUUUAGGUUUAGAUAAAAAACCUUUCAAAGGAGUCUUUCUGUUUUGAAUAAUUACACAUCAGCUGAUGCAUUUAUAUAACAAGCAAGAGUGAAUUCAUUAUUUUCAUUCACUAAACAGUAUUAUAUAAAGUUUUUGCUUUUGACAAUGACUAGCCAAAUUUAACCGUUAAAAAGGAGGAAAGGACAAUUUGUCCACGUGUGCCAGUGUGUAUGUGUGAAGCCUCGUCACUGACGCGGUAUGAGCUGCCCGUGUUAAUGCUGGGGACAGAGCUCUGAAUAGCAGCACAAACUUUAAACCAUAUCUUCAUUUUUAUUUGGGCCUUCUGAGCAUGUAGCAGUCAGUGACUGUUCAUUGAUAGCGACAGGGUGUAAUUCUGUGUGUGUACUUUUGUUCAAUCACACCUUGAAUGUAAUCCGAUAGCUUCUAGCCCUGCCAACACAUCUGCUGUGCCUUGGAAGAAUAAAAGACUAUGUCUGAUUACUGG